CUUCUUGGGAACGCACGCUGAGAAUACUACAGUGCUGAUUUGGCAAUAGUACACUAGGGGAAAAAACAAGAUUCAAUGAUGUCAACAGAAUUUGUGUCGCCACUAGACAUCUCAGAAGACAGAUUGGAUAAGCGUGAACAGCACUGCAAGCUUUUAGACAACCUUUCAGAACAACUAAUGAGAAGCUGUGAUAUUCAAAUGAAUUCAAAGAAAGGAAAACCUAUACAUGUUUCUCAAGAGAUGGAAAACAAACAGCCUCGUAGAAAAGACACCCCUGCUUUACAUAAGCCACCAUUUAUGCCAGAUUUUUCGCAGAGACUCUUGAAAAAUUAUGAUUCACAGGAGAUGGCACAGAAGAAUAAGCAUAUUGCAUCUUCACUCAAUGAAAAAGAGAUGAGGAAACCAAGAAGAAAAGACACACCUGCAUUACACAUAGCACCCCUUCUUCCAGAAACACCAGAAGUACUUGAUAUUCUUUCCUGGCAAAAGGCUGUGGAGGGAGGAACAAGUAUGAAUAGAACAUCAAGUUCAUACAAGUUGAAAGAUUCAGAUUAAUUGAAGAAGAAAAAUGAGCAAUUAUUGAAGAGGAUGAAGAAAAUGAUGGAUCAUUCUAUAAAAGUAUUCAGAAGGCCAAGAAGCAAUGUCCUUUGGGAAAACGAAUAAUGUAACAUUUUUGUAACUUUUUAUUAAUGAUUAUUGUGUACAAAUGUUGUGAUAGUCCAUUCUCCAAUUUAGUAUGAAAAUAAAGAUGUGUAUUCAUU